UCUCAAAUGUAACCACAUAGUACAGAAACAUAAAUGCUGUAAUCAAUUUGAACUCUACACUCGAGUCAUAAGUUGCAAUUUUGUUUAUGAAAUAUAACAGUCUAAAGCGUUGUUGACUUUUUCACAUCAGUUUAGUUUUAUGAUCAGUUUGAGGUCAGUUCCCGAGUAGUAUAGUCGUGGUCUAAUAUAAUUAUCAAUCAAAAUGAAACUCAUACUGUUUGUCGUCUGUGCGAUGGUUAUGGCAGCUUAUGCCGUCGAAGUGAUUUCCGUUGACGAUCUGCUGAGGGCUUAUGAUGUCUCUCACAACAAAAUAGAUGGAGACUCAGUAAAGAUGGCGACGGAGGCUCUCUACGUACCAAUGAGUUUACGAGCGUGCACUAGCAGUGCGUGUAACUUCGUCUGUAAGUUCCUCGGCUACAAAUAUGGAAACUGCGUUUCAGCCGAAACCUGUCGAUGCUACAGUUAAACAAUCUGACGAAUGCAUUUUUUAUUAUAUACCUUUUUUUUACUAAACUUCGCACUAUGUUUAUUGUUCUUUGAUUAAAAGUACUUUCGUAUUACUUA